AAAAUGUACGCGCACACACACACACACACACUUCAUAUACAUCCACGCACUUUUGCACGCCCUCGACACACAUGACCUGGAUAAAUGCUUCAACAGGAAAUGAUGAAAACGCUGCUAUCAUUUCACUGGGGAAAAGGGAUCCCCUCUGAUUGAGUUGAUUGUGCUCCAUUCUACUGAGUGAAUCAGCAGCAAGACCCGGGCAGGCCCUGUUUACGUUGAAAAGAACUGUACAAGCGGACUGGGCACGGCAGACAAAGUGACAAGCUGCACCAUGGAAAGACCGUGUGGACUCUUGACAGUGAAGAACACCCCAGUCCCCCUGAAGAGUAUCUCGGUGGAGAUCGAGGUGAAGGGCUUUGUGGCCGAUGUUUGUGCGAGCCUCGAGUACAAGAAUGAGGAGGCCGAGCCUGUGGAGGCUGUCUUUGUCUUCCCCAUGGACAGUGAUGCUGCCGUCUACAAUUUCCAGGCCAUGGUGGAUGGCAAGGCGAUUGUAGCUGUGAUUAAGGAGAAAGAGAAGGCAAAGGAUGAUUAUGACGAUGCCAUCUCGUCCGGGCACCAAGCCUUCCUACUGGAGGAGAACAGCAGCAGCAGCGACAUCUUCACCUGCACCGUGGGCAACCUGCCCCCUGGGCAGAGUGCCAGUGUCUCCUUCUCCUUUGUCCAGGAGUUGGCGAUCGAGGCUGAUGGGGCAGUGCGUUUCGUCCUGCCCGCCGUUCUCAAUCCCCGGUACACGCCGACAGGUGCCCAGUCUCCCAGUGUGACCCAGGAGAUCCCCCGAGUACAACAGGUGCCCUACACAUUGGCUCUGACGGCACAGAUCCAGAGUGUGCACACAAUCAGCCGCGUCCAAUCCAACUGUGGACUGACCGCACUGCAAUAUCUGAACGAGAACAACACAGCAGCCAAGAUUUCGCUUGCAGAUGGACACAGAUUUGAUAAGGAUGUGGAGCUGCUGAUUUAUUACCAAGAUGUUCACACACCAAAUGCCCUUGUUGAGGCUGGGUUUGAGUCUACAGGACAAGGGACCCUGAUGGGAGACCCCACAGUCAUGGUGAAUAUCUAUCCCAGCUUUCCUGAGAAACCUUCCCUGUUUUCUGCCGGCGAGUUCAUCUUCCUCAUGGAUCGUUCUGGAAGCAUGGCCUGCCAAAUGUCUGAGAAUUAUUCUGACGUUGGGCCUACCCGUAUCCAAAGUGCCAAGGAGACCUUGCUGCUCCUCCUGAAGAGCCUGCCCCUGGGCUGUUACUUCAACAUUUACGGAUUCGGGAGCACUUUCAACUCCUUCUUCCCCGAGAGCAUCGAGUACACUCAGCAGUCGAUGAAGACCGCACUGAAGAAGUUGGAGGGUAUAGAUGCGGACAUGGGCGGCACAGAGAUCCUCCAACCCCUCAGCGCCAUUUACAGCAGGCCCUGUAAGGCAGGGCACCCACGGCAGCUGUUUGUUUUCACCGAUGGUGAGGUGUCGAACACGAAGAUGGUGAUUGACGAGGUUCGGAAGAAUGCCCACAGUCACAGGUGCUUUGCCUUUGGGAUCGGUGAGGGGGCCUCGACCCAGCUCAUCAAAGGCAUCGCCAAGGCUGCCUCUGGGAAUGCUGAGUUCAUCACCGGCAAGGAGAGGAUGCAGCCCAAGGUGCUUCAGAGUUUAAAGUUUGCUCUGCAGCCUGCUGCUUCAGGCCUGAGCAUUGACUGGGAGCUGCCAGCUGGACUGGAGGCUGUCCUGUUAUCCCAGCCGCCCACCGUCAUCUUCAAUGGUCAGCGGUCCAUCAUCUACGCACAGCUGAAGGGGAAGCUUGACCCCAGUCUGGAAGGUGCGAUGUUCCUGAAAUAUUCCCUGGGAGAAGAGCAUGUGCAAAACAGCAUCCGGUUCAAACUACAGCCCGGGAAAUCUGUGAGGUCCACCAUCCACCGGCUGGCCGCCAAGAAGAUGAUAGAGGCAUUGGAGUCCGGAUCUGAGCGAGACGCGAAGGACACGAAGGAGCGUAUUGUUCAGAUCAGCACGCAGGCGAACAUCGUCUCCUCCCAAACAGCCUUCAUCGCCAUCAACAAAGACCUGAACCAGCCGCUGCAGGGCCCUCUGGUCAGGCGUAAUGUCCCUCUCUCGAUGUAUCGUGUUCGACAGGUCCGGAUGUGCGCUGCUGUGACGAGGAUGCCCGGUGGCAGUUGUGCUCCAGUGGUCGGUUCAGGCAGCAUGUUGCCAUUCAGAAUGAAAUCAGGACGUUUGGCCUUCCAAGGUGUUUCAGGCGCCAUGUUUGAAGCUACAUGUGAGGCAGACUCUUUUUGCCCAGACAUGUCAUGCGAUUCAUGGGAAUCUUCUGAGGGUUUUGUUGUGAAGGAUCAGUCAUCAGGAGAGUCCCCAGCGCUGAAGCUAAUCGCAUUGCAGAACGCAGAUGGAUCGUGGAGCCCAGACAGCAGCUUAGAGCCUCUGCUGGGUCUGAAACCUCAACAGAGCAGCCAGUGUCUCCCUCGCCAGGAUAUUGACCUGACUGUGUGGACCACAAUCCUGGCGGUGAUUUGGCUGCAUGCGUUCAGUGCUGACACAAAAGAUGAGUGGGAGCUUCUGGUCAACAAGUCCCUGUCAUGGAUCAAGGCUAAAGCAGGCUCGAAUCUUGGAGAAUGUAUUAAAGCUGGUAGUGACCUACUGAAGUGCACGGUUGAUCCACGUGUGUUCGGGCUGUGAUUCGGCACUGAAAUCGGAGGAGGUAGCACGUGAAGGUGUUCAUUCUGCUUUGCUCACAAUCUCUGCGCUUUGGCUUAUAAUCGCGCACCCCGUCCUUGCCUCUCUCCCUUCACCAAGAUUGUAUUCUUAAGAUGUUGGUUUGCACUGCUCAGCGUUUUUCUCUGAUACGUCAAACGCUAACGCAGUUGCUCCGCUCUUCUUGGGCUUCGCCUCAAAAUUGUGUGUCCAUGCGCCGUUUUUACAGGCGAUUCUCAGUUGUUCCUCGAUAUCCGCGCCGCUGCGACUAGGUGUCUCGCCGGCACUCCUGCAGGAACAGAACAGGAUACAGCCACCAGCCUGCGAGGCCUGCGUCAGCCCGGCUGCCAGGAGGGAACGCUGGAGAGAGACGGGAAGCUGACGUGGGCCAGAGACCGCAAGCACCCAUUGAAUCCUUCACCCUCUCAGUUUACGGCCUUCACAUGCAACAGGGGCAGCAGCGACUGGCCUGCCAGAUUCCGUUCUUUAACGCCAAAGGGUUGCCAAAGAUGUAUCUUGUAUUCAGCUUGAAAUAAAUGAGGUUUCUGGGCACAGCCA